AGCCUUCCUGUUUUGUUUCUGUGCGCGCUCCUGGUGGAGGGGGCCGCGAUGCUGCUGCAGGGGUGGACCGCCCCCCGGCUCUGUGCGCUCCUGCUCGCCGCGACGGGGCUGCUGGCGUCGGGCUCGGACUUCCAGCAUCACCGGUACGAUGACAUGGUGCGAGCCCUGUUCGCCGUGCAGAACCAGUGCCCGUACAUCACGCGCAUCUACAGCAUCGGGCGCAGCGUGGAGGGGAGACACCUCUACGUGCUGGAGUUCAGCGGCAACCCGGGCGUGCACGAAGCGUUGGAGCCGGAGUUCAAGUAUGUGGGCAACAUGCAUGGCAACGAGGUGCUCGGCCGCGAGCUCCUCAUCAAGUUCUCCCAGUUUCUCUGUGAAGAGUACCAGGCCAGAAACCAGCGGAUCACGAGGCUUAUUCACGACACACGCAUCCACAUCCUGCCCUCCAUGAACCCUGACGGCUACGAAGUGGCAGCCAGACAGGGUCCAGAGCUGAAUGGAUAUCUGGUGGGACGAGGGAAUGCCAGAGAAAUUGAUCUGAACCGGAACUUUCCAGAUCUGAACGCCCUCAUGUACUACUAUGAGAAAACCAAUGGACGAAACCACCACCUUCCUCUGCCAGACAACUGGGAACUACAGGUUGAACCAGAGACUUUAGCGGUCAUUAAAUGGAUGCAAAACUACAAUUUCGUCCUGUCGGCCAACCUCCACGGAGGAGCCGUCGUAGCCAACUACCCGUUUGACAAGUCGAGAGACUCUCGCACCCGAGGAAGGACCAUGUACGCCACCACUCCGGACGACAAGAUCUUCAGGAAGUUGGCGAGGACGUACUCGUACGCGCACGGCUGGAUGCACAAAGGCUGGAACUGUGGAGACUUCUUCAAUGAGGGGAUCACCAAUGGGGCCAGCUGGUACUCUCUGUCCAAAGGUAAGAAAAACCUCAGCUCCUCUUGUGACUCAUCUGUUCUUUAA